GUCAGCGGCUUGUUUUCCUGGCUGCAUCGAUCGGCUCGGGGUCACGCCCAGGCUUCAUCGUCUUACAGACAGAACUUUACACUCAUGAGCGUUCAGGUGAAUACACACACAUGUAUAAACACAAAUGGAGACUCGAGACGCCUGCGGGGGAGAAGACUGUCAUUUCUGCCGGAUAGCUGACCACCAGACUGACACGGAAAUCCUGCUGAGCGAUGACGAGCUGCUCUGCUUCCGUGACACAAAGCCCGGCGCCACGCAUCAUUACCUCGUUGUUCCCAGGACGCAUAUCGACAACUGCACACGUCUCCAGGGGGACGACGUGUCUCUCGUGGAGCGGAUGGUAGAAAUGGGGUGGAGCAUACUGAAGAAGAACAAAAUUAGUGACUUGGAGGACGUCAGGAUGGGCUUUCACGUGCCUCCGUUCUCAUCAGUUCCCCACCUCCACCUCCACGCCCUGGCUCCAGCCAGUGAGAUGAGCUUUGCGUCGCUGCGACGAUACGGGCCGCAGAGUCACUGGUUCAUCACAGUCGACAAGGUGCUUUCUCAGCUGAAGACUCGAGGCAAAGUGAAUUGAUGAGAUACAAAGAGUCUGAAGCAUUUUUGUUUAUGUCAAUCGGUCAUCCCGCUUUUUUGGACCUUUUUAUGUUGAUAAGUAAUAACGAUGUGUAUUUAUCCACUCUAGUUGAUGAUUGAUUUGUUAGGGAAAGGGCUCUGUUUCUUAAAUGGAAAUGUAUUUUUCAAAUGGAUUCGUAUCCUUGUGAAAUAUAAUGUUGUGCAAUGAGAAUAUAACUACAGCUUUACGUAGUUUUAUUAUUUAUUAAAAUAUAAACCUUUAAGACUAACUGAAAAACACAUUGAUACAGUUUAAAAAUCACAUUUUAUUCGUCCAAUAUUGUAUUUAUAUUUUUUGGGUUGUGUAAUCAUUUUUAAUUGAUAUAUUUUAAUAAAUUAAAUUUCAAUUAAAGAUGACUGUCUAGCUUCAAAUAAUUGGAUCAUCUCUGACAGUCUUGGGUUGCAAUAAUAAUGAUUACUUUAAUAUUCAAAGGGGAAUAAAAUAAUUUGUGUCUUUUAUCCUCUGCCAGCAUCUACACAAAUGUCUGAACAACACGGUUUGGAGGGGAUAACAAUAAUAAGAACACAAAAACAAAACAAAUAUUAGAUUGCCCAAGAGAACACUCGUUGUCCUAAUGGACUUCAAUUCGGAAACCAAUGACAUCCAUAAUUCCUUCCUUGUCAGUAUUUACUGUUUUUGUUGCUUCACGGUUGCAUAGAUCUCUGAAGAGUUUGUUGGCAGGUUUUUGUUUUGUCCUCAAAGUAUAAUUUUUGUAGACACCUUUUUAAAGAAAGAUUCAAGAUGCAUUGCUGGCAUCAAAAACAAUGUCAGUUCUUUCUGAGAGCCACUGGAUGUCCCUGUACCUUGCUUUCUGUUUGAUGGAGAGAGCUAACAGGCUUCGAUGGGAUUCACAAACUGUCUCUUUUUUUAUUACUUAUUUAAAAAUGAUGAAGCAGGAACAAUAAAAAAAGAUCCUCAUUGUUAUUUCAACCUGACAGCAUCCUGCUGUAAUACUUUACUUUCAUGCUCAGUAUUUUUACAUCAUCAUAUAGACAUAUAACUCUGUUUUUUUCCUAAA